AGCUCACCGACUCAAUUUCCUUCUUGGCUCCCCUGUUUUGUCUUGCGUUCAGUGCAUUUUGUCGCCAUCUUCUGUCCUGCGUAUCGUUUUGCAGCAUUGAAACGGAUUGCCAGUCAUCCUCAAUAUAAAUCUACGUGUUGUUUACCGUGUUGCGAACGCUCAAUUGCCUUUCGCGUUUUCUGCAUUCUUCAUGGCAACUCAUUCUGCCUGUUGAAACAUGCUUACCUCAGUCCUGGGUCCUGCCCGGACUCGACGGCCACGCGACCGUUCGCCAUUCUCGUCUUCCUACGCUCCAACAACGAGAUCGCCUGAAGUUUCACGUACCAGAAUGCAUCCUCAACAACAAGAAUCCUCCGAGUUCGAACAAGAUGGCAUGUUCCUAGAAGAGGAGGAGGAAGGCUCAGAGAAUGAAGAGGAGGAAGGUGGAGGCCAAGAGGCUUUUGAAGGGGACGAUGACAACCUGGAUGAAGAUGGGCCUGAUGACACCACCCCACUUCUUCCCAUCUUCUCAGCUACUCAUCUUGAUGCCAUACCUGUAUUUGCGCUCACUCACGCUGUCCGAACACUUGUCACUUCUCGCUGUGACACCGUCCUCUCCUGGGAACAGCUCCGAUCGCCACAGGUCACACAAUUCCUGCUAAAGCCCGUCGAGCAAGAGAUUCGCAACGACCAUUUGAAUGCGGCUACACAAUAUGCGCUUAUGGCCAAUUGUCUUCAAUACGGCAAGGAGGCUGCAAUCUAUUCAGGGAACAGCGGGACUAACAAGACUCGCGGAAUGGUCUGCGAAUUACUUGCCAUCAGGUUACUCAAGGACUAUUCAACCAGGGGAUUGAUCGAUGCUUUAUCGUAUGACUUUGACCCUCUCCAAGGCCACCUCGACAGCCUGCCAGUGGACAAUGAAGGACGGCGUGGUACGAUUGCGUCAAGAAAACAAAUACAGCGACCAGCGAGGAUAUCGUGUUUCGAGAUUGCAAUUCGUGCACAGGCUAAACAGUUUCUCUCACAUCCUACGGUCGUCCAGCAACUGGAAUCCAUCUGGGCCGGCACUAUCGUCUUUCACUCUGCAGCCGACAAUUUGCACCGAAAAUUGGCUGUUCCAAAAGAGAUCAAAAGCUACGGUACAAACGAUAUGGGACCGCCUACCAAAGCUGCAACUACUCCAAGCCAUGCCUUGGCGGCUCCGCGUCGCGCUGUGACGCUGUACAACCCUCGCGAUGCUUCCCUCUUCAAAUUGUCCCGCCUGAGAGUGCCUCGAUACAGAAACAUUCUCUCUACAAUGUCCUUUGCCGUACUCCUGGGUCUCUUUGUUGCGGUUCUGGUAGAGCGCUCAUUGGAGAUCACGCCGCUCGAGGUCUUUUUCUGGUUCUGGACAGCCGGGUAUAUGCUGGAUGAGAUUGUGGGAUUCAACGAGCAAGGAUUCAGUCUAUAUCUGGCCAGUUUCUGGAACAUUUUCGAUCUUGGCAUUCUGCUCAUCUUGUUCAUCCACUUGGCUCUGAGGAUAUAUGGGAUCGUCAUGCCUGAUGUCAAGAAGCACACAGUGGCCAACAUGGCUUACGAUGUUCUCGCAGCGGAUGCCGUUCUACUGUUCCCUCGCCUAUUCUCAGUUCUGGACCACUAUCGCUAUUUCUCGCCCCUGCUUAUUGGAUUUCGUUACAUGGCCACCGAUCUUGUUGCAGUGUCGCUGCUCAUCGUCAUCAGCUGCAGUGGCUUCUUUGUUGCCCUUACACUGUCUUUCGGUAACGAAGGAAUCGACACCCCCAGCUCGGUGGCCUACGCGCUUCUGCAGAUGGUCAUGGGGUUUACUCCGGCAGCUUGGGAUAGGUGGCCUGGUUACAACAUCCUUGGAAAGACUAUUUUGACGUUGUUCUUGUUCAUCUGUCAUUUCCUAGUUGUGACAAUCUUGGUCACUGUACUGACAAACUCUUUCACCGCCAUCGUCCGAAAUGCCAAUGAGGAGCAUCAAUUCCUCUUUGCCGUCAACACGAUAUCUCACGUCAAGUCUGACGCAUUAUUCUCAUACGUGGCUCCAACGAAUAUUCUUCAAUGGGUUCUGGUGCCGCUGAGAUACUGUCUACCAUUCCGCCAGUACGUGAAAAUCAACCGGACAAUGAUCAAAAUAACCCAUUUCCCAUUGCUUUUCUCGAUAUUUGUCUACGAGAAGUCCGUACUGCAGUCGGCCGCGUACGACAGUAUUGAUCUCGUGGAACAUCGGGCCCCGAGGAGAGCAAUAAGCACAAAGUUUAGUCGACUCAACAGAGCACCCUCGAUCGCCACUUUCCGGCAAGAUAGAGCAUUGGAAGAAGUUUUUAGACGCCCUUUCGACAGCACAAUUCGCGGUGCCAGACAGGGGCGAGACUAUCGUCACAAGACGAGCAAUGUCGUCAAGACUUGGAUGAAGGAGAUUGGCGACGAUAUUGGAAAUCCACCGCAGGAGCAAGACAGAGUGGUCGUGGACUCAUUGGAGGCCCGAGCCACCAGCCACAGAUUACUUCCCCCUUCUCGUCGCGUCCGAACAUUUUCUCGACGCACCAUGUCGGCGCUAUCCGACCCUGAAGAGUUCACAAUCAACGCAGAGCUCAACUCGGCCAAGGAUGCAAACGUUGGUCACGAUAAUACAACGCCCUCCGCAGUCGAGCAACCUUCUCAGACUACCGAUGCGGAAGCAGAUGGAGAUGAUGAGUUGCAUACCAACGACGAAGAGGACGAGGAGGAAACAACCACGUUUGAUCAUCGUUCUCCUGAGUCAGAGCAAGCUCCUGCUGGUGACUUAAUGUCUCAGGAAUAUUUCCUCAAUAGGCCUUUGGCUGGCACCUCCACACCAAGAUCAGCAGGAGCCCCAGGAUCGCUGCUGCGGACCAAGCGCGAUGAACUCGCGUCUGGAAGGAAUACGCCUUCGGUUGGAUCUCCGAAGCAUCGACCUCGACAGCAUUCUCGAAACGUUUCAUCAGCGACCAUGAUUUUCAAGCCGAUGAUGGAUGCUAGCACGGACCAGUCAUCCUCGGCGGCGGAAACGACAGGUGCACUGGAACAGCAUCAUGUUUCCAGGCCAGGCUCGGGAGCUCGGACGCCCAACUCAAAGCCUGUCUCCAAUGCUGCUGGUCAUCGAACUUCGAAACGUGCAACACCGGGGCCUGCGCGUAUGCGGCCUGUUCUACCCGGCAAAGACGACCCAGCGUUCCGUUCUGCGCCCAACUUGGCCGGCCUACUCGCAGUCGAAAGCCGGUCGGGCCAUCCUCGACGGAGGCCAUCGCUCGAGAUGGACUUGAUGUCAGACAUCGGCGACAAUCGCGCGCUAGGUGGUGGAUAUGUUGGUGCUCUUCCGGCGUCCUUUGCUGCUCAAAUGCAGAGAGGCUUGAAUGAAUCUCGGCAUUCGAGAGCUCAGAACGAGGAGCAGGAGAGGUUUGCUAAGAUCAUGAUGGCGCGGAUGAACAGUCUCGAGGAGGGCUUCCGAGACGUAAUCCACGAAAUGCGAGAUCACAUGCGACACGAAGACGCCAGAAGUAGGAGCCCCGAAAAGGCGUCCAGACCAAUAAACAGGCAAAGAAGAACCAAGGAGAACGAGACACCUGCACCUUCUCCCUUGCGGCCAGGCAGGGAUAAAGAGAAUGUCGACCCUGAAGGAGCGAAAGGUUCAGGCGAAGAAGAUGUUCAAGGAAAAUCCCAUGGACAAGGUGCCGGAGUAGAAGAGUCCUCAGAACCGGCUGGAAGAUCGUCUUCGCGUUGAAAGGUGUAUUGACCCUUCAGCAUGCGUGUUUCAGCAGCAUUGUACAAUAGUAUUUUACAGGAAGAUUACUGUGGUUUGGUGGAGCGUUAGCAUUGGGCAGCACAGCAGGUUGGAUGCUUGAUAGCGUUGAUGUUUUUUCGGCAUUCUGGAGUUCUGUAUCACCAUUGACGGCGUUCUUUACCACAGUCCUGUUGAAGACACUAGUUCAUGAAGAGUAUGUAUUUCGCA